CUGAAACUCCGUCGCUUGCAGACGUUCUCCUUGAUCAGGAAGGGAGACGUACUAAAUGCCGCCGUGCAGCGGCUUCUGAAGGUUCACGGAGACCUGAUGGGAGACCUUCAGGAGGAACUUAAAACCCUGGAAGCUUUCCUUGAAAGAAAGGAAGAAGAGACUCCUGAUCUAGAAAGUGUCUUGCGAGGCUUGGCUGAAGAAUCUGAGGAGAGCGAGGAAUCCGAAGACUCUGCAGCAGAGAGCGGGGAGGACAGAGCUGCCAGGUCUCGGCAGACUUUCGAGGGCUGGCACCGGAACCACAAGGAACGGAUGACUCGGCUGACCAAAUGCCUAGAGGCCACACACACCAGGAAGAUGGGAAAGAUCCAGUUCUCCAUCUCGGCUCUCCAGCGCUUGGACAUCAUGGCGGAUUCAAAACCAGAUAAAAAUCGCUUGAGUUUGAAAAGGCUGACUGAGAAGAGCCUGACAGUGGAAUCAUUGAGAGAGGUUUUGGCUAAAGAUCCAGGCAUGUUUGCAAGAGGCUUAAUACUUGAGCUGUACUCGGGUGCAUUCUCUCCUGGAGAUAUUUGCCGUGUUUUGGGAGAGGACAACAUUAAGUGUAUAGAACAGACACUUAAUGGAAUCUAUAUCAUCACGGUAACGAACACUGCGAACAGAGACCACAUAGCAGCGACGUUUAAAUCAAUCGAGUUCAUUGGUCGGAGCAAUGUAAAUUCGAAUCCGGCACACAGCGGUAGUUAUAAGCUACACAACGUGGCUCCUACUUCAGCCUGCGUGAUGGGAAUCCUGGCGGGGAUCCCCUCCUUUCUGUCUUCUAGGAAUCUCGACGGGCUGCAGGAGGCAUUGUCAGACACUUUUCCCCUCUUAGAGAACGUCGAGUUGCGUCCCCUGAUUUGGAAGGGGGGUAUACACAGCGGAAAGUUGGCCUUGAGGUCUGAGACAGAGGAUCUUGCCGCCCUUGACAACUUCUUCCAAAGUUGCAACAGGGAAGUGGCCUUCAGCGGUUUUACGGGGAAACUGACAGAUAUAAAGGCCAAGUCCCAGAACGAGGAAGCUUUGUUGCCGGCAAAACCUUUUGAACAGGGGUUUUCAUUUAAGAGUUGGGACUGGUAACAAAAAAAAAAGAGAUUGUGAACACCUUUAUAUGCCAGAUUAUUGAUUUUUUAAAAUUGUAUUGAUUCAACGGGUACUUUGCAUACAUAUUAGAAGAGAAGAAAACUGGCGAUUUUAGUGACAAGAGUAAUUUUCUUUAAUAUUGAUUAUUUUAAAAUAAAUUUUCUUAACCAUUCUAUAGUAAUCCUAAACUUUUUUCUCUGCAUUAUUUACUACAUUGUUUUAAUAUUUCUAAUUUCAUGUAUUUUGCAUGAAGUUGUUCUUUGUGGGAAUUUCGUACAGAUCCGUGUGGGAGCAAAGGUCGAUCUGUGGGCGUUCAUAAGGUUUGGGGGAAAUU